GCUAGUGGCUCCGUAGCGGCCGGAGGGGCGGGCUCGCGGGCUGAGGGAGUGUAAAGCUGCUCGCGGCUCGCUCGGCGGCGCAAGAUGGCGGACAUCUCCCUGGACGAGCUCAUCCGGAAGCGCGGGGCUGCGGCCAAGGCGCGGCUCAAUGCCAGACCAGGAGUUGGAGGUGUCCGAUCUCGUGUUGGGAUCCAGCAGAGCCUUCUCAGCCAGCCAGCACGCACAGCCACCUUCCAGCAGAGAUUUGAUGCCCGGCAGAAGAUUGGCCUCUCAGACGCCCGGCUCAAGCUGGGCGUCAAGGAUGCCCGGGAAAAGCUUUUGCAGAAAGAUGCCCGGUUCCGGAUCAAAGGGAAAGUGCAGGAUGCCAGAGAGAUGCUGAACUCUCGCAAGCAGCAGAGCACGGCACCCCAGAAGCCCCGCCAGGUGGCCGAUGCCAGAGAGAAGAUCAGCUUGAAGCGGAAUUCCCCUGCUGCCUUCAUGAGCCCACCCAUCGGAACAGUGACCCCUGCUCUGAAGCUCACUAAAACCAUCCAGGUUCCUCAGCAGAAGGCCAUGGCACCACUUCAUGCCCAUCCUGCUGGAAUGAAGAUCAAUGUCGUCAAUAACCACCAGGCCAAACAGGUAGUGUGUAAUUUAUACGACCUAGAUGAAGAUGAAGACGUAGCUCCCAUUCCUAGUAAACAGAUGAAAUUCACAGCCUCAGGCAGCUUUCUCCACCACAUGGCCGGGCUGAGCAGUUCCAAGCUUUCCACAUCCAAGGCCCUCCCUCUCACCAAAGUGGUUCAGAAUGAUGCCUACACAGCUCCUGCUCUCCCCUCUUCUGUUCGAACAAAAGCUCUGACCAACAUGUCCCGGACACUAGUGAACAAGGAGGAGCCCCCCAAAGAGCUGCUGCCUGCUGAGCCUGUCCUCAGCCCUUUGGAAGGCACCAAGAUGACCGUGAAUAAUCUGCACCCUCGAGUCACCGAGGAGGACAUUGUUGAGCUUUUCUGUGUGUGUGGAGCCCUCAAGCGGGCUCGGCUGGUCCAUCCUGGGGUAGCAGAGGUGGUCUUUGUGAAGAAGGAUGAUGCUAUCACUGCAUAUAAGAAAUAUAACAACCGGUGUCUGGAUGGGCAACCAAUGAAGUGCAACCUUCACAUGAAUGGAAACGUUAUCACCUCAGACCAGCCCAUCUUGCUACGGCUGAGUGAUAGCCCCUCCGUGAAAAAGGAGAGUGAGCUGCCUCGCAGGGUGAAUUCUGCCACCUCGUCCAACCCUCCUGCCGAAGUGGACCCUGACACCAUCCUGAAGGCUCUCUUCAAGUCCUCAGGGGCCUCUGUGACCACACAGCCCACAGAAUUCAAAAUCAAACUUUGAGCGGGGGAGUGAGGCAGCCAGAAGCGGGGGGCAGAGGAGGGUGGCUCUGUUUCCCGAAGCAAAGCUUGUGACCAAUGGGCCAUUGGACUGGAGGCCCCUGAGCGUGGGAGGGGUCGCCGGGGGUAGAGAGCUUCCUCACUGGACGGGACCCACCUUUCCGUGUUGUCUUCUGCCCUGUGCUCUUUUGUACGUUAACAUUCCCUGUAGUAUGUUUCUUCCCCUCCACCUCAUCACCAAGGUAGGCUUGUGUUGCUCAGAGUGUCUCUCCCCCUAACCUCAGCCCCAAACUGAUUUCUUGUCUGGAAAUGGUGCCCUAAGUUCUCUGGGUGGCUUUCAUGUGGCCCCAUGGAAUGCAGGGCAGGGGCUGUUUGAAGGACACUGCUUUUUCCAGGGGUGAGGGGUUGCCUCCCCUUUCUCUUUUUUAAACUUUUCCAACAAAGCGGGCAAUGGAAGCCCCUGCCAACCUAAUAGGAGCCAGGUCAGCUCGGGAGCUGUGCCAUUCACCCACCUGGUCCAUGGAGAUGGCCUGGGUGGGGAUCAGGCCACAGGCCUCUUGUCCUCUCACCACGAUUGGCUCUGGACCAGUCUGGUAUGGAGAGGGCCCUGCA